AUGCACAAUCAUCACGCCGAACUGGAUGGGAGCCAUCUGGUAUCCCCAAUUGCAACAGUUAUCUCGACAGCAUCCACCAACUUUGAUUCCGAGAGUUCAGGUUCUAGCGGCACCAGGCCAAUCUCAAUCGCUUUUGGUGAAGAACCAACACUGGCAGUUAAUGGCAUGGCCUGUGGUUCAAUAGACUCCACUAAACAACACAGGACAAACGAGCCUUCAACUCUCAGUGAGGAAUUCUCCUCUCUUAUUUUCAACCCUCACCGAGUCACACUUAAACCAAAACGAUACAAUGAAUUCGUUAAUGAUAUUGGUAUCAUUAACUAUUUAGCAUAUGGCCGAGUACAUCACAACUGGUCUUACGCCACUAUUUUACAAUACAAACAAGCAAUCUUACAAUUACAUGAACAAACUCAACGUGAUAGUAUAACAACUAAUCCUGCUUUCAUUGAAUUCUUUUCCGCUUUGAAAAGUAACGCUAUUCUAUUUUUUGAUUUUCCUAUGAUCAAUUUACAACCAGCUAUAGAUGUCAUGCUUUCUUGGGGUGAUAACUGCGACAUGGCUCUUCUACAAAUAACACAAAGACUUUGUUUUCUUUUCGGUAUCACCGGCGUCUUACGUCCAUCUGAUAUUGAACGCAUCGACGAUAGCAAGACUUUGGUGGUCAAAGACGCUCUCCGUUUGGUGGUUUUGGCACCUAAGGAAAAACGGGCUGUUAUACGUUCACAUGAUCGACUUCCACACCUUUUAUAUACGGCAUUGGUUCGCAACAUUACCGACCACCACAAAGCAAUCGGGUCUGAACGCAUUAGCAAACAAAUCACGUCCAUCUUGUGUAGAGCUAGCACUACAUUUACAGCUUCCACUUCCAGUCCUAAGACAAUUAAGGCUUGGGCUAUCGGUUCCACACGAGCCAUUCUUGAUGGCGCUAAACUGGAUGAUGUGCUCACCCAUGGCUCCUGGGCAUCUUCUUCGAUCUUUGAUACAUACUACCGCUUGAAUAGGGCCUCCGCCACCAACUUUACGGAUCUUAUUCUGUGA